CAGCCGGGCGCCGUGCUCGGUCUGCUCGCCGCGCCGGAGAGAGCUGCCCGAGACGGAGCCAGCCCGCCGGCGCCGAGCCGCCGAGCGCCCGGCCCAGGAGCCCCUGAGUGCGGCGCGGCGAGCCCCCGGCGGCAGCAGAAGGACCCGAGCGCCAGGAGAGGGCGGACGGGGGACAAGGAGGCUCCCGGGCGCGACGAGGAGAGUCUCGGAGGAGGAGGCGGCGAGAGGACACCCGGGCCUCCUGCCGCCACAGCCGGGUCGGGCCAAGCAGCUUAUGCGGGGAGCGCCGGCGGCCAGCCGCAGCCUGGGGAGGGGGAACCCGCGGUCCCCGCACUAGCGAUCAGCCAGUGCCCAGGGAGGCGAGAGCGCGCGACCCGUCAGUGGCCCGCCGCCGCGCCGCCCUCCCCCUCGCUGUCAGCCCCGCCGGGGCGCAGCCGCCGCAGCAGCAUCUUCUGCCCCUACGCCCCCGCCAGCGCUGAGGAAGUCCCCGCCGAGGACCUGGGCCCGGGAGUGCCGGAGGAAAGACCAGAGACUCCCCUAAAAUACCCAGAUGCGCAAGAUUGAAGGAGUGUAGCCAAAGCUUUCUGUGGAUUUAAAAAAAAAAUACGAUUUUUUUUUUUUUUUGGCAGAAGAAAGGAAGACCAUCGGGGCUCUGCAAGGAAAAAAGGGGUGUGUGUAACUCAUGGAUACGUUUCUCCACCUCUCAAACAUCUUGUUCUACUUUGUAAACAUUUUCUUUUUUUAAACCUCGGCUCCAGCGGGACGCCCCCAGACCUCCGAGGUGCGAGGAGGUGGUGGUUUUCAUUUGGGGCUUUGCAUAUUGGGUUUUUAGGUUUUGAAGAGAGCCUUCUCUUUUCGCCAGACGUCUUAUGCGGGGUGAAGUCCACUCGGCCCCCUCCCCCGAGUCUUCGUGUGCACGGAAUUCGAGGAGAUCCGGUUACUAAGGAUAUAGAGGAAAAAAAUAAAUCGCGUGCCUGCUUUUUUUUUUUUUUUUAAUUGCCUGCUUCUCCCCACCCCCAAAUUAAGUUGCUUAGCAAGGGGGAAAGAGGCUUUUUCUUUCCUUCAGAAGCCCAGCCGAACGCCUUUGGUUUUUUGCCCCCAAGGAUCUUCCAUGUAGGAAGCCGAGGCUGGCGAGCCCGACCCUCGGGAGCCACUACAGGGGGGCCUCUUUUUGGGGAGGCGCCGACUGGGGCAGGCUCGGACGCCCCCAGGGAAUCGGCGGCCGCGUCCCUCCGGGGCGCGCCGGGGCCCGAGAGCCGCGCAGGGCGCCGGCCGUGCGGGGUGGGGCAGCCGGAGCGCAGGCCCCCGAGCCCCGGCGGGCGCCCCCGGGCCCCCGCGCGCGCCCCGGCCUCCGGGAGACUGGCGCAUGCCACGGAGCGCCCCUCGGGCCGCCGCCGCUCCUGCCCGGGCCCCUGCUGUUGCUGUUGUCGCCUGCGCCUGCUGCCCCAACUCGGCGCCCGACUUCUUCAUGGUGUGCGGAGGUCAUGUUCGCUCCUUAGCCGGCAAACGACUUUUCUCCUCGCCUCCUCGCCCCGCAUGUUCAGGACCAAACGAUCUGCGCUCGUCCGGCGUCUCUGGAGAAGCCGAGCGCCCGGCGGCGAGGACGAGGAGGAGGGCGCUGGGGGAGGCGGAGGAGGAGGCGAGCUGCGGGGAGAAGGGGCGACGGACGGCCGGGCGCAUGGGGCCGGUGGCGGCGGCGUGGGCAGGGCUGGCUGCUGCCUGGGCAAGGCAGUCCGAGGUGCCAAAGGUCACCACCAUCCCCAUCCCCCAGCCGCGGGCGCCGGCGCGGCCGGGGGCGCCGAAGCGGAUCUGAAGGCGCUCACGCACUCGGUGCUUAAGAAACUGAAGGAGCGGCAGCUGGAGCUGCUGCUUCAGGCCGUGGAGUCCCGCGGCGGUACGCGCACCGCGUGCCUCCUGCUGCCUGGCCGCCUGGACUGCAGGCUGGGCCCGGGGGCUCCCGCCAGUGCGCAACCCGCGCAGCCGCCCUCGUCCUACUCGCUCCCCCUCCUGCUGUGCAAAGUGUUCAGGUGGCCGGAUCUCAGGCAUUCCUCGGAAGUCAAGAGGCUGUGUUGCUGUGAAUCUUACGGGAAGAUCAACCCCGAGCUGGUGUGCUGCAACCCCCAUCACCUUAGCAGACUCUGCGAACUAGAGUCUCCCCCCCCUCCCUACUCCAGAUACCCGAUGGAUUUUCUCAAGCCAACUGCAGACUGUCCAGAUGCUGUGCCUUCCUCCGCUGAAACAGGGGGAACAAAUUAUCUGGCCCCUGGGGGGCUUUCAGAUUCCCAACUUCUUCUGGAGCCUGGGGAUCGGUCACACUGGUGCGUGGUGGCAUACUGGGAGGAGAAGACGAGAGUGGGGAGGCUCUACUGUGUCCAGGAGCCUUCCCUGGAUAUCUUCUAUGAUCUACCUCAGGGGAAUGGCUUUUGCCUUGGACAGCUCAAUUCGGACAACAAGAGUCAGCUGGUGCAGAAGGUGCGGAGCAAGAUCGGCUGCGGCAUCCAGCUGACUCGGGAAGUGGACGGUGUGUGGGUGUACAACCGCAGCAGUUACCCCAUCUUCAUCAAGUCCGCCACACUGGACAACCCAGACUCCAGGACGCUGCUGGUGCACAAGGUGUUCCCCGGAUUCUCCAUCAAGGCUUUCGAYUACGAGAAGGCGUACAGCCUGCAGCGGCCCAACGACCACGAGUUCAUGCAGCAGCCGUGGACGGGCUUCACCGUGCAGAUCAGCUUCGUGAAGGGCUGGGGCCAGUGCUACACCCGCCAGUUCAUCAGCAGCUGCCCAUGCUGGCUAGAGGUCAUCUUCAACAGCCGGUAGCCGCUGGGGAGAGGACAGAGGUGGAGGUGGGGAGAGGACGCAGGCCACCAUUCAAAACUACUUUGCUGCUAAUCUUUUCCUCCCGAGUGCUUGCUCUUCAUGCAAACUCUUUGGUCGUUUCUUUUUGUUGUUCUUGUUGUUUUUUUUCUUUUUUGUUGUUGUUCUUGUCGAUCUUGUUUGUGUUCUCUUUUGUUUUGUUCUUUGAGAAAUAGCUUAUGAAAAGAAUUGUUGGGGUUUUUUUUGUUUUUUUUUUUUUUUUGGAGGGGGUGGGUGUGGCUGGCAGGACAUCCCUAUCGGAAGAGGGGAAGCGAAAGUCGGAGUCCCGCCAAACACAGCGUAUGAAUGGGGGGCGCCCCUCCACUUUUGGAUCAGCAUUUCAUUUGUCGUGAGUGUGUGCGUUUGUGUGAGUGUGUGUGCACGCGUGCGUGCGUGCGUGCCUAUGUGUGUGCAUGAAUGCGUGUGAACAGAUGAGGAGUGAGUCCUCCGUGAGUUCCUUAUGGAUGUCCCCGGUGGAGACGUUUGCGGUUUCAAGCUGUGUGUGUCUCAUGCCCUUUGGACAUGCUCAGUGGGACAGAGGCUCUACCUGGCCAGGCUGGGGGCAGAGGCCCAGCAGCUGCCAGAAGCGAGGUUCUGCCCAGCCUGGGAAGCCCCCUCCCCUCCUCCCUCUUUUAGGACACGGGCCUAUCCACAGGCUUCUGAGAAGCCAGCCUGCUAGAGGCUGAACCAGAACCAAUUGCUUUCACCUUGUCCCGCUCCCCUCCGCCAGCCUGCUGCCACUGUAGCAUCUGUCUGUUUGGCCAUCUGCUCCUGGCUCUCUCUGAGAUGGGCUUCCUGAGGGCUGCUGGGGCAGUACUGCUCACCUGGGGCCCCCGGGGCCCUCCGGCCUCUCCCCCUGCCCUGAUUCCAUCAGGUUUCUCCCAGGCUUCAAAGCCAGCUCAGCUCGCCCCUCCCCUCCCCAGCUUUGUGUUGAGCUCUGCUGUUAGGCCAGCACCGGGGAGGGACCUGCUCCUGGCCCCCUUCCCUCCAAGAAGGAUCUGGUCCAUCCUAACCCAAGGUACCACCCUAGCUGACACCUAACCUCCUCUCCUCCUUCUACAACUCAUACGCUCGUAUGAUACUUUGACACUGUUCUUAGCUCAAUGAGCAUGUUUAGACUUUAACAUAAGCUAUUUUUCUAACUACAAAGGUUUAAAUGAACAAGAGAAGCAUUCUCAUUGGAAAUUUAGCAUUGUAGUGCUUUGAGAGAGAAAGGACUCCUGGAAAAAAGAAACCUGA